AUGAGGGCUGCCUUUGCAGGGAGUGCUGCCUUCGCAAAGGGUGGUGCCUUCGCAAGGAGUGCUGCCUUCGCAAGGAGUUCUGCCUUCGCAAGGAGUGCUGCCUUCGCAAGGAGUGCUGCCUUCGCAAGGAGUGCUGCCUUUGCAAUGAAUGCUGCCUUUGCUGGGAGUGCUGCCUUCGCAAGGGGUGGUGCCUUCGCAAGGAGUACUGCCUUUGCAAGGAGUGCUGCCUUCGCAAGGAGUUAUGCCUUCGCAAGGAGUGCUGCCUUCGCUAGGAGUGCUGCCCUUCUAAGGAGAGCUGCCUUCGCAAGGAGUGCUGCCUUCGCUAGGAGUGCUGCUUUCGCAAGGAGGGCUGCCUUCGCAAGGAGUGGUGCCUUCGCAAGGAGUGCUGCCGUCGCAGGGAGUGCUGCAUCCGCAAGGAGUGCUGCCUUCAUAACGUGUGCUGCUUUCACAAGGAGUGCUGCCUUUGCAAGGAGCGCUGCCAUCGCAAGGAGUGCUGCCUUCGCUAGGAGUGCUGCCUUCGCAAGGAGGGCUGCCUUCGCAAAGAGGGAGUACUGCCUUUGCAACGAGUGCUGCCUUCCAAUGAGUGCUGCCUUUGCAACGAGUGCUGCCUUCGCAAGGAGUGCUGCCUUCGCAAGGAGUGCUGCCUUCGCAACGAGGGCUGCCUUUGUAGGGAGUGCUGUCUUUGCAAGGGGUUGUGCCUUCGCCAGGAGUGCUGCCUUUGCAAGGAGUGCUGCCUUCGCAAGGAGAAAUGCCUUCGCAAGGAGUGCUGCCUUCGCAAGGAGUGCUGCCUUUGCACAGAGUGCUGCCUUGGCAGGGAGUGCUGCCUUUGCACAGAGUGCUGCCUCCGCAAGGAGUGCUGCCUUUUCAUGGACUGUUGCCUUCGCAAGGAGUGCUGCCUUUGCAAGGAGUGCUGCCUUCGCAAGGAGUGCUGCCUUCGCUAGAAGUGCUGCCUUCACUAGGAGUGCUGCCUUCGCAACGAGUGCUGCCUACGCAGGGAGUGCUGCCUUCGCAAGGAGACCUGCCUUCACAAGGAGUGCUGCCUUCGCAAGGAGUGCUGUAUUCCAUGGAGUGCUGCCUUCGCUAGAAGUGCUGCCUUCGCACGGAGGGCUGCCUUCGCAAGGAGGGCUCCCUUCACAGGGAGUGUUGCCUUCGCAAGGGAGUGCUGCCUUCGCAAAGAUUGCAGCCUUCACAAGGAGUGCUGCCUUCGCAAGGAGUGCUGCCUUCGCAAGGAGUGCUGCCUUUGCACAGAGUGCUGCCUUUGCAGGGAGUGCCGCCUUUGCACAGAGUGCUGCCUCCGCAAGGAGUGCUGCCUUUGCAUGGACUGUUUACUUCACAAGGAGUGCUGCCUUUGCAACGAUUGCUGCCUUCGCAAGGAGUGCUGCCAUCGCUAGGAGUGCUGCCUUCGCUAGGAGUGCUGCCUUCACUACGAGUGCUGCCUUCGCAGGGAGUGCUGCCUACGCAGGGAGUGCUGGCUUCGCAAGGAGAGCUGCCUUCACAAGGAGUGCUGCCCUCGCAAGGAGUGCUGCCUUCGCAAGGAGUGCUGCUUUCGCACGGAGUGCAGCCUUCGCACAUAGUGCUGCCUUCACACGGAGUGCUUCCUUUGACAGAGUGCUGCCUUCGCAAGGAGGGCUGCCUUCGCAGGGAGUGCUGCCUACGCAGGGAGUGCUGCCUUCGCAAGGAGUGCUGCCUUCGCAAGGAGUGCUGCCUUCGCAAGGAAGUGCUGCCUUCGCAAGGAGGGCUGCCUUUGCAAAUUGUGCUGCCUUCGCAAGGAGUGCUGCCUUUGCACAGAGUGCUGCCGUUGCAGGGAGUGCUGCCUUUGCACAGAGUGCUGCCUCCGCAAGGAGUGCUGCCUUUGCAUGGACUGUUGCCUUUGCAAGGAGUGCUGCCUUUGCAAGGAGUGCUGCCUUCGUAAGGAGUGCUGCCUCAGCUAGGAGUGCUGCCUUCGCGGGUAGUGCUGCCUACGCAGUGAGUGCUGCCUUCCCAAGUAGUGCUGCCUUCGCAAGGAGUGCUGCCUUCGCAAGCAGUACUGCCUUCACGAGGAGUGCUGCCUUCGCACGGAGUGCAGCCUUCGCACGUAGUGCUGCCUUCGCACAGAGUGCUGCCUUUGCACAGAGAUCUGCAUUCGCAUUGAGUGGUGCCUUCGCAAGAAGUGCUGCCUUCACAAGGAGUGCUGCCUUCGCUAGGAGUGCUGCCUUCGCAAGGAGUUCUGCCUUCGCAAGGAGUGCUGCCUUGGAACGGAGCGCAGCCUUCGCACGUAGUGCUGUCUUCCCACGGAGUGUUGCCUUUGCACAGAGUUCUGCAUUCGCAGGGUGUGGUGCCUUCGCAAGAAGUGCUGCAUUCGCAAGGUGUGCUGCCUUCACAAGGAGUACUGCCUUCGAAAGGAGUGCUGCCUUCGCAAGGAGUGCUGCCUUCUCUAGGAGUGUUGUCUUCGCAAGGAGGGCUGCCUUCGAGAGGAGGGCUGCCUUCGCAGGGAGUGCUCCUUCGCUAGGAGUGCUGCCCCUCUAA